CUGGCGAUUGUUGUUGUUGCACUCGUGUUGUGUAUGUGGAUCCGGCGUUUUGUACUCCAAACAAGUUGCUGACUAUUAUUUUUCAUAAUUCCAGGGUUUAUUAUAUUUUUUAACCCCACAAUAAAAAUAUAUCAUGGCUAAACAUCAUCCCGACUUGAUUUUCUGUAGAAAACAGCCUGGAGUCGCGAUCGGGAGAUUGUGUGAAAAAUGUGAUGGAAAGUGCGUAAUCUGCGACUCGUACGUUCGUCCCUGCACUCUGGUGAGAAUCUGUGAUGAAUGUAAUUAUGGAUCAUACCAAGGCAGAUGUGUAAUAUGCGGAGGUCCAGGUGUAUCAGAUGCCUACUACUGCAAGGAAUGCACAAUUCAAGAAAAAGACCGAGACGGUUGCCCAAAGAUUGUAAACCUAGGCAGUUCAAAGACAGAUCUAUUCUACGAAAGAAAGAAAUAUGGAUUUAAAAGAAGAUAAGCAUAAACAAUUCCACAUAUGACAUACGAUAAUAACGAAUAAUAAACAAUGAAAACAUUUUUUAACAUCAUCUAUACUUUAUUAUCUCUAUUUUCAUGAUUAAAAUUCUCCAGACAAAACAAUUGAUUGGAAUGUCCUGACGUAUGAAUGUAGCUUGCACAUAUGUAUCAUUCGUUAAAAUUCUCUUUUAUCGUUUAACAUGCAAUAUAGAAGUCUCUAAAAAAUA